AUGGCUUUGCAGCGAUCGGCAGCUCCGUUAGUAUGGGUUGACUGUGAGAUGACAGGUCUCGAUCCCGAAACCGACCAAAUCCUCCAAAUCUGCUGCUUCAUAACCGACGCGCAACUCCAACUCCUCGAACCCAAUGGCUUCGAAAUCGUGGUUCACCAACCUAAAGCGAAACUAGAUGCCAUGUCGCAAUGGUGCAUCGAUACACAUGGUAAAUCCGGACUUACACAGGCUGUGCUCGCCUCUACCACAGACGCCGCGACCGCAUCGAGUCAAUUACUAGCCUACAUUAAGCGAUACGUCCCUGAACAACGGACCGCCUUGCUCGCCGGGAAUAGUAUUCACGCCGAUCGAGCUUUUCUAGCAAAGCCCCCGUAUUCGCCUAUUCUGGAAUGGUUACAUUAUCGUCUGCUUGAUGUUAGCACGAUCAAAGAGGCUGUUAGACGAUGGGGAAGCGACGAAUUGCUCCGCGCAGCACCGCCGAAGCGAGAAGUCCAUCUGGCAAGGGAUGAUAUUCUUGAGAGUAUUGCAGAGAUGAAGUAUUAUCGCUCAAAACUGUUCGAUGGGAAGUGA